GCUGCCAGUGAUGCAAAGCGCUCGGCAAGCCCAUGCUUCAAAAAUCUCUCCUCCUGCAUCUCUCGCUACAACAGCUGACCGACCGUCUGGAACGGGAGCCGCUCGGGAAUACUCUCACGUUUAAAUUCUAAAGAACUGCAUGGACAAAUUAGCAGAAACGUUAUAGUGACAUAUAUGUGUUUUUCUGGUCUAUUUGAAGUAAGCAAACUCUCCAACAUUUACAUAACCUAAUUUACAUUUUUAUUUUGAUCGAAACUGAUCUAAUUUCAAGCACAAAAGCUUGAAAUUAUCAUUCUUGCAAACGCUCAACUUGCCCAUUUAAAAAAAAAGAGUGUCUGCAUUGAUAUGCAUAUGAUAAAUAAGAUUAAAUAGUGGAAGGGAACAAAGUAACUUAUAGGUUUCCCCCAAAAAAUCCCAUUUGCCUUUUUUGAGGCACAUCCGAUUUCUUUCUCACAAUGGCCGAUGUUAGCGCAGAAUGUAACAUCAAGGUGCUAUGUCGCUUCCGUCCUCUAAAUCAGUCCGAAAUAAUCCGUGGAGACAAAUUCAUCCCGUCAUUCCAAGAUGAUGACACCGUCAGCAUAGCGGGGAAGUCUUAUGUGUUUGACCGGGUGUUCCCCACCAACACUACACAGCAACAGGUGUACAACACCUGCGCCAAGCAGAUAGUCAAAGAUGUUCUGGGGGGAUACAAUGGCACCAUAUUCGCCUACGGACAGACCUCCUCUGGAAAAACUCACACUAUGGAGGGCAAGCUUCAUGACCCACAUGGGAUGGGGAUCAUCCCCAGAAUUGCAGAGGACAUCUUCAAUCACAUAUUCGCCAUGGAUGAAAACCUGGAGUUCCACAUUAAGGUGUCCUAUUUUGAAAUCUACAUGGACAAAAUACGGGACCUUCUGGAUGUGACUAAGACUAACCUGGCAGUACAUGAGGACAAGAACAGGGUUCCCUAUGUGAAGGGCUGCACUGAGCGUUUUGUCUCCAGCCCAGAGGAAGUGAUGGAUGUUAUUGACGAGGGAAAAGCCAACCGCCAUGUCGCUGUCACCAAUAUGAAUGAACACAGCUCCAGGAGUCACAGUAUCUUCCUGAUCAACAUUAAACAGGAACAUGUGGAGACAGAGCAGAAACUGUGUGGGAAGCUCUACCUAGUUGAUCUGGCUGGGAGUGAGAAGGUCAGUAAGACAGGAGCAGAGGGAGCUGUGUUGGAUGAAGCUAAAAACAUUAACAAGUCACUGUCUUCCCUGGGCAAUGUCAUCUCUGCUCUGGCCGAAGGGACUAAGACCCAUGUCCCGUAUCGUGACAGUAAGAUGACCCGUAUCCUGCAGGACUCUCUAGGGGGAAACUGUAGGACCACCAUGUUCAUCUGCUGCUCUCCAUCCAGCUACAACGACCAGGAGACCAAGUCCACACUCAUGUUCGGACAACGAGCUAAGACCAUCAGGAACACAGCCUCAGUGAACUUGGAGCUGACAGCAGAACAGUGGAAGAAGAAGUACGGGAAGGAGAAGGAGAAGAACAGGGUGAUGAAGGAGACGGUCCAGAGACUGGAGGCUGAGCUGAACCAAUGGAGAAACGGGGAGACCGUUCCUGAGCUGGAUCUGUUGAGUCCCGGGGCUGUGCCGGUUGAGUGUCUGAUACCCAGAGAAGAUAGCCUGGGUCGACUCCUCAGAGAAGACAGUUCCUCUUCCAGUCUGAGUCGAUUCCCCAGAGAAGACAGUUCCUCUUCCAUAGUGAUUAGGAUCUCAGAGGAGGAGAGACAGAAGUACGAGGAGGAAAUACGCAAACUCUACAAACAGCUGGAUGACAAGGACGAUGAGAUCAACCAGCAGAGUCAGCUGGUAGAGAAGCUGAAGGAACAGAUGCUGGACCAGGAAGAGCUCCUUGCCUCGUCCCGUGGAGACAGUGAGAAGGUGGCUGGGGACCUUGGCAGACUGCAGAUGGAGAGUGAGGUUGCCAAGGCGGAGGUCAGGGAGGUUCUGCAGGCUUUGGAGGAGCUGGCUGUUAACUAUGAUCAGAAGAGCCAGGAGGUAGAGGACAAGAGUCUGCAGAACAAACUACUGGCUGAGGAACUGGCCAAGAAAAUGGCACACCUGAUGCGUAUCGAGGCGGAGUUGUGUCGUCUACAGGAAGUGAGCGGUCAUCAGAGGAAACGCAUCGCUGAGGUUCUUAACGGCCUGAUGAGGGACCUUUCUGAGUUCAGCGCUAUCGUGGGCAACAAGGACAUCAAACUGCCGAUGGAGAUAACGGGGGCGAUCGAGGAGGAGUUUACAGUAGCUCGUCUCUACAUCAGUAAGAUUAAGUCAGAGGUCAAGUCCAUGAUGAGACGCUGCCGUCAGCUAGAGAACCUACAGAUGGAGUGUCAUAGGAAGAUGGAGGAGACAGGAAGAGAGCUGUCCUCUUGCCAACUACUCAUCUCACAGCAUGAGGUGAAGAUCCACUCCCUGACAGAGUACAUUCAGAACGUAGAGCAGAAGAAGAGACAGCUGGAGGAGAACGUUGACUCUCUGACUGAAGAACUGUACAAACUGCAGGCCCAAGAGAGCAUGUCAGCGGGGACAAAGGGAGCGAAUCAGACAGACGUUGAGGAGUCUGCUGAUGUCAAGAGGGCUCCAGAGCAACAGAUGGAGGCUCACCGUGAGACGCACCACAAGCAGCUGGGACAUCUCCGAGACGACAUCAACGAGAAACAGAAGAUCAUUGACGACCUCACUGAUCAUAACUAUCGUCUUCAUCUGGAGUUGGAGCAUUUGAGGAGCGACUUUGACCGUCUCAUGAGACAGGAGCACCACAAGAGCCUGCAACUGGAAGAGCUGACAUUUCUUCAUGAACGCCACGAGCAGUCUAAGCAAGACCUUAAAGGGCUGGAGGAGACUGUCGCUCGUGAACUACAGACUCUCCACAACUUGCGGAAGCUUUUUGUUCAAGACCUCACUAUUCGAGUCAAAAGACAUUCAGAGAUGGAGCGAGAUGAUAGCGGGGGAUCUAGCCACCAAAAGCAGAAGAUUUCCUUCCUUGAGAACAACCUGGACCAGCUUACAAAGGUUCACAAACAGUUGGUACGUGACAACGCAGACCUGCGUUGUGAGCUUCCUAAGCUUGAGAAGCGUCUUCGGUCUACGGCUGAGAGAGUGCGGGCGUUGGAGGGUGCACUGAAGGAGGCUAAGGAGGGGGCUAUGAAGGACCGGAGACGCUAUCAACAGGAAGUAGAGAGGAUCAAAGACGCUAUGAGGGUCAAGAACCCCCUACGCAGGCCGCACACAGCUCAGAUAGCCAAGCCGGUACGUCCGGGCCAGUUCCCGCUCUUCUCUUCCACCAACCCCUGGGUCCGUAUUACUGAACAGCAACACUCCAUCCAUUUUAGUAAUGCCAUGUUCCAGAUGCCCAGUCUGACCCCCAGCCAGAUAGCCAGUCAUCAUGCUGCAUCCCCAGCAUCCGCCCCUUACUCCAAACCCUCCCAGAUCAAGGACCAAACCAACAAGUCCAACAUGACCCAAACCAACAAGUCCAACAUGACCCAAACCAACAAGUCCAACAUGACCCAAACCAACAAGUCCAACAUGACCCAAACCAACAAGCUGCCAGCUGAGCCCAUCAACAGCCCCACAGUGGACAACAGCCCCACAGAGGACAAUAGCCCCACAGAGGACAAUAGCCCCACAGAGGACAAUAGCCCCACAGAGGACAAUAGCCCCACAGAGGACAACAGCCCCACAGAGGACAACAGCCCCACGGUGGACAACAGCCCCACGGUGGACAACAGCCCCACGGUGGACAACAGCCCCACGGUGGACAACAGCCCCACAGUGGACAACAGCCCCAUAGAGGACAACAGCCCCACAGUGGACAAUAGCCCCAUACAGGACAAUACUAUAGUGAAGAACCCUACAGUGCAGAACACAACAGACAAGGACACUAUAGAGAAGGACACUACAUUGAAGAACACAACAGACAAGGACACUAUAGAGAAGGACACUACAUUGAAGAACACUUCAGAGAAGAGCACUAGAGAGAAUGCCACUACAUUGAAGAACACUACUGCCAACUCUACAGAGACACUGGAUGUGGACACCGUCAACGGGAACAGCAUAGAUGUCAAUGACAACAGCGUGUCUCUGAGUGUCCACUCUGCUGCUGUGUCCAGGAGUGAUGUGCAGCACUGCAACAGCCAGAACCAGGACAGCCCAGCCAAGCUGCACCACGUCAUCCAGCCAGAACAGGCUACCAGCUAGUGACCCGGCUCCUCACGCAUCCGGUUCUGCCAAGACCGCCCUCAUAAAUCUGCAUGCUGCUGAUCAGUGACCUUCUGAGCACCCUCCUCCCCCCUUUCCCAGUAAUACUGUCUCUCUCCCUCUCCUGCCCCCCUUUCCCAGUAAGACCGUCUCUCUCCC